AUGGCCACUUUUGAUAAAAACUUACUUCUAAAUUAUGUUCCAGUUUAUGUAAUGCUCCCACUUGGAGUUGUUAGUGUUGAUAAUGUCUUGGAAGAUCCAGAGGGUAUUAAAGAACAGCUGGUGAAGCUACGAGCAGCGGGCGUCGAUGGUGUUAUGGUUGAUGUCUGGUGGGGGAUCAUUGAAAAAAAUGGACCUAAGCAGUAUGAUUGGAGUGCUUACAGAAGCUUGUUUCAGCUUGUUCAAGAAACUGGUUUGAAACUGCAAGCUAUCAUGUCAUUCCAUCAAUGUGGAGGGAAUGUAGGGGAUGUUGUAACCAUCCCAAUUCCACAAUGGGUACUUGACAUUGGAGAAUCAGAUCCUGAUAUUUUCUACACCAACCGUUCCGGUACUAGGGACAAGGAGUAUCUGACUAAUGGUGUAGAUAACAAGCCUAUCUUUCAUGGAAGAACAGCCAUUGAGGUAUAUAGUGAUUACAUGAAGAGUUUCAGAGAAAACAUGUCAGAUUUUUUAAAAUCAGAGGUUAUUAUAGACAUUGAAGUUGGCCUUGGUCCAGCAGGAGAACUCAGAUACCCGUCCUAUCCUCAAAAUCAAGGAUGGGUAUUUCCUGGAAUCGGAGAAUUUCAGUGUUAUGACAAAUAUUUGAAGGAAGAUUUCAAAUCGGCUGCAGCGAUUGCUGGCCAUUCUGAUUGGGAACUACCAGAUGACGCUGGCACAUACAAUGAUGUACCAGAAUCUACUGAAUUCUUCAAAACAAAUGGCACAUACCUUACCAAGAAAGGGAAAUUCUUCUUAACUUGGUACUCUAACCGAUUGCUGAAUCAUGGUGAUCAAAUCCUAGAUGAAGCUAACAAAGCUUUCCUUGGCUGUAAAGUCAAACUAGCAAUCAAAGUUUCUGGAAUCCACUGGUGGUACAAAGCUCCGAAUCAUGCUGCUGAACUCACUGCUGGAUAUUACAACCUUGAUGAUCGAGAUGGAUACCGUCCCAUUUCUAAAAUCGUGUCCCGUCAUCACGGCAUUAUGAACUUUACAUGUCUUGAGAUGAGGGACACGGAACAAAGCUCUGAUGCACAAAGUUCACCACAGAAACUUGUUCAGCAAGUAUUGAGUGGAGGUUGGAGAGAAAACAUUGAAGUUGCUGGAGAAAACGCACUUUCAAGGUAUGAUGCCACAGCUUAUAACCAAAUCCUACUGAAUGCAAGACCACAAGGUGUCAACAAAGACGGCCCUCCAAAACUUCGGAUGUAUGGAGUAACAUACCUUCGUCUAUCGGAAGAUUUAUUGCAACAAUCAAAUUUUGACAUAUUCAAAAAAUUUGUGUUAAAGAUGCAUGCAGAUCAGGAUUACUGUGAAGAUCCUCAAGAGUACAAUCAUGGCAUACCACCAUUAAAGCGAUCGGAACCAAAUAUUCCUGUUGAUGUUCUUCUUGAGGCAACUAAGCCAAUAGCGCCGUUCCCUUGGGAUUCAGAAACAGACUUGAAAGUUGAUGGCUAA